AUGCAGACGCAGCGGCGUCUGAAACUCCGAUCUCGCACCGGCUGCUCCAGAUGCAGGAGCCGGCACCAAAAGUGCGACGAGCAGCGGCCGCGGUGCAGUCGCUGCCGUGCGUCGUCUGCCGCUCCGUGCGUGUACCGCACCGACAGCCAGCUAUCGCCUCCGCGCGGCGCGUCCGCCCAGCUCCGGCUCAACAACCUCGUGCGCAGCAUCUCGAGCGGCUACAGCGCCUUUGUGUCGCUGGCGGACCCGUCGCACGGCGCCUUUCUGGACUACUUCAUCGGCGACGCCUCCCCGGCCCUCUGCUGCCACGAGACGAUCCGGCACGACACGUGCAAGGCGCUCGUCUCGGUCGGGUCCGUCGUCCCGAGCCUGCUCUACUCCACGCUGCUGUUCGGCGCCCUGCACAAGGCGGCUAAGGGGCACCGGGGCGUCGACAGCAGGAGAGCGCUGGACAUUCAGACCAUGGAGCUGCGCUCGGCCGCGCUCUCCCUGCUGCAGACGGAGCUGCGCCGCCACGACCGGACAAAUAGCGCCGCCGUCAUUGCCACGACGCUGAUGCUGGCCACGUGCGAGCUGCAUUUCGACUCAGAGGCGAGCUGCUGGCGGAGCCAUUUCGACUGCGCGCGUCUGCUUCUGGCAGAGGCGCGGCGGGAGGGCCAUGACAGGACAGAUAGUACCGGUCUGUGGCGACUCAUCGAUCGGAUGUAUUCGCUGAUGGAGUUUCUCGUCUCGCUGCCCGCGCCGUGGCCCUCCAAAUACACACCUCUUGUGCCCGACAGUUUUCCGCAAGCGCUGCCCUGCGUGGAAAGCGUGGGCGUGAUUGACGGCAACCUGGCAUGCUGCUGCGACUUGCUCGACGUGUUCAAGUGGAUCAAGGCGCUGGAGGAGAUGCGGCAGUUCUCGCAGGAUUACGAGACGCUGGACUAUGAGCUCAUCUCUGCCCACUAUGUCCGGACCAGGGCGUCGGAGCUGGUCGGCAUUGUGCGGCGCAUGAUGGCGCGCGACGAGGCCACGCCCGCGACUUUGUCGGAAGACCUGGCCGGGCGCUGCGACAAGGCGCUGACCGAGGAGUACAGAAAGGCCAACUCGGUCGCCCAUCACAUUGCUCUCCUCUUUCUGUACCGGUACGGCCUGCAGCUUGACCGGGAGACCGAUCGCGUGAGGACUUCGGUUGCCAGUAUCGUGCGUCUAGCAGAGUCCAUGACCAAGCGCGAGGGCCUCCAUCCUUCCAUCGUGCUGACGACGGCCCUGUUUGUGGCGGGCUGCGAAGCGACGGACAAGGCGCGUGGCGAUGUACGGGCGCUGCUGCAGAUCCAGCACGAGGUUACGCGGAAUCAGAGUGCGCAUCGGACCUUGCAGAAGCUGGAGGCAUUGUGGCGACUCACAUCAGAUGGCUCUCGUAUCUCUCCUGCAGCUAUUGAGUUUGACGAUUUUAUUCCUUAUUAG